GGGUUUUUUUCAUACUAUUUGCAUCCUCGAUUCUACGAAUGCACGUAAAAAUGACUUCGUGGAUUAUUUGAAGCGGUUCCACCUUGCAGUAGUAUUUGGGAUGUUUGUGUUAAAUGACAUCAUGCAGUUGCGAAUUUCCUGACGGCCGGGUGGUGCUUUUUGCGCCUCCUGUCUUGACCGAGAGGUGGAACGGCACUUUACUUUUCCCAUUUCGAGGUUUGGUUGGGCUCCACGAAAGCGUUUUAGCGAGGCGGAGAGUUCCUCAUCACAAAGCCAAGAUGCUGAACAUGUGGAAGGUUCGGGAGCUGGUUGACAAAGCAACCAAUGUGGUGAUGAACUACUCAGAGGUGGAAUCUAAAGUCAGAGAGGCCACCAAUGAUGACCCCUGGGGACCAUCAGGACAACUGAUGAGUGAAAUUUCAAGAGCGACCUUCAUGUACGAGCAGUUCCCAGAGGUGAUGAACAUGCUUUGGACCCGCAUGCUGAGAGAUAACAAGAAAAACUGGAGGAGAGUCUACAAGUCCCUACUGCUGCUUGCUCAUCUAAUCAGGAAUGGAUCAGAGCGCGUUGUCACUAGUGCCAGAGAACAUCUCUAUGACCUGAGAUCAUUAGAAAGUUACCACUUUGUUGACGAGCAUGGGAAAGACCAAGGAGUGAAUGUGCGCCAGAAGGUGAAGGAGAUGGUGGAGUUUGUCCAGGAUGAUGAAAGGCUGAGGGAAGAACGGAAAAAAGCCAAGAAAAACAAAGAUAAAUUUGUUGGUGUGUCCUCCGAUAGUCGAGGGUACAGAGGUUACUCGGGGGACAGGUAUGACACCAGUGAAACCCGUCACCGGUGGGAUGAUGAUUGGGAGAGUAACAAAGGGCAGUUCCCCUUCAGCGAUAAAUUGGGAGAGAUCAGUGACAAGAUUGGAAGCACUAUUGACGAUACCAUCAACAAGUUUAGGAAGAAGGAAAGAGACGACUCACCGGACCGAUUUAGUGACGAGGAGGAGCGAAGCCGUUCAUCUCAGAAUGGAAAAGUGGGCAAAGAGUUUAAAGAUGAAGAAGAGACCGUUACCACCAAGAGUGUACAAAUAGUCCAAGCAACAGAGACUACAGCCACCCGCAAGAGAGGAGGAGUUCCAUCUAAGAAAGUGGAUUUGGGGGCGGCGGCCCAGUACACAGGAGAAGCCAGCCCCACCGCUUCCACCAAACAGGUUCCACAAUCCGCAGCAACGAAGGCCUCAAGUAGCGGACUAGCUGACCUACUAAUGGUGGACUCAACACCUUCAAAGCCUCCUUCCUCUGACUUAAUGAGUGGGUUUGCCGACUUCGCUUCACCCGCUGCUUCUGCCGGCCUUUCCCAUGUAUCUGCCGGACCAGUCUCCAGCAACAAAGCAGACUUUGGCGAGUGGAAUGCGUUCCCUGGUGGCCAGAUGCCAGCAUCUGCUCAGCCUGUUGACAUCGGUGGAAAUGACCUUUUUGGAGCUCCUGCCCCCGCCCCUGCUCCAGUUACUGCGGCGGGCUCCAGUUCAUCCUCAGCAGAUCUAUUUGACCUGAUGGGGCCGGCUCAGUCGUUUACUUCCUCUCAGAGCCUCAACUUCAGCAUGAACAGUACGCAGAGCAUGAGCACCACAGGCCUGCCUCAGUCGAGAUCACAGCCCCUCCAGAACAUGGGGGCACCUCUACAACCGCAGACUGCUCAGCAGGGAGUCGUUUCUCAGGGUGCUGCAGCCAAAGCGUCGCUGCCCUCCACCUGGUCAGACCCCUCGGUGAACAUCAGCCUCGACUCGCUGGGACCCGGCAUGCAGGCGCCCAAGCAGAGUCAACCCUCCCUCAACACACUUCAGCAAGGCAACCAGGCCAGUGGAAACAUGCUGUCACAAGGAUUCUCUGCAAUGAGCCUCGGACCCUCGGCAGCGAGACCGCCUGUCACUGUAAUGAUGCACCCCGGUGCUGGAAUGGGAAUGGCGCCCAACGCUGGCAUGAUGGCAAUGGGGAUGCCCCCAAACCAGGCAAUGAUGGGGAUGUCUAUGGCUUCCAACCAGGGCAUGAUGGGGAUGGGCAUGGGUCUGAACAUGGGAGGGGUGACGAUGGCGAUGCCCGGUGCCAUGGGAAUGGGGAUGAACCCGGCAAUGGUUCAGCAGGCCAAACAUGACGCCUUCGCCGACUUUGGUAACUUUGGGAAGUGAUGAAGAAGAGCCGAGGUGAGCCGAGGGGUCAUUGGUGAAGGAUUGUUCCGAGCUUCAAACAAAGAGUACUUGAAAAAUGUCAACUCUCACAAUACCAACGCCCUGCAAUCUCCUUGUUUUAAACAAAUAAUGCUGUGUAAUGAAUGACAUGGAUCGAAAUGGAUUUGUGCGAGCGUGCGUAUGCAUGUGUGUGUAGUUUGAACCAAUGAUCGGUGCGGUCUUCAGACAGCUACUGUAAAUUGUGUGCCUUGCCGGUCAUGAAUGUCAGGUGUGUGUGCUUUUAUAAUCUCAAUCAAACGGAAUCAGCAGAAUAGCAAAAAUGUAUAUACUUAUAUAUCGCUAGAUAUUUUUGAGAUGCCUCCUAUUGAAUGGUGAGUUUGGAGAACGUGAUCAGCCAUUUUAACUUUCUAAUAUAUCAAAUUACCUCUCAUUUUGUCCUCUGUCUUCCUUUAGCUUGGAAAUAGAAAUCUACAUCUCUUUGCUCUUGCUAGAACUUUCAUCUGCAGUUGCGGAGGUGUAACAAUGUCCACGCUUGUGUCAUCCGCUCAAGUCAUUUGAAUUAAGAGCACAUUGUUACCUUCUCCACAUGCUGCCAUCACUAUUGGCCAACAAGAGCCGUUUUCCACGGCCACACCAUCUUUCUGUAGUGGUACAAUAUCAUGGCUCUUCUUGUUUGCAUUUAAAGAAGAUAAUCAGUUCUGGGGAAAGUCCUCCUCCCUCCCAAGUACAAGCCAGAGUGCCUGCAAGACCUUUGCCUUUUCUGUUAACUUCCAUAAAGAAGACAAUGUGACCAUGCAGUGUUGAAGGCAGCAACCACACCAUGUACAAAUAAUCUGUUUGUACUCGUGCCUCAAGCCAAGUAAACUGUCAGUACACAAUAUGGCAGUUUAGUCUUAAUUAGUUCUUUUAUGCUGUUUAUCUCAAACAACUUUACUUCCUCUCUUUAGUUGUGUAAUCCUGUUGGCGCAGACUGUUUGACGAUUGCAUCACAUUGUGUUUAAAUUCUUAUUUUCACAUUUCCAACCGCUCGUGUGCAGUAUUUGUCAGCUAGCGGGUCUGUGCGUGCACAUCCCUUACGACUAAGCAGGCGAGAGGACCGACCGUGGUGCUGAUCUGUUGGGUGUACAUACAAAGAAAGCACUGCUCCUUGUUGGAGACCAAGUGCCUCCUGACCCUUGUAACUGUAAUAUUACAUCAAUCUUGGGUGCCUGGAAUUCCCUCAGCCACCCCCAGUUUGCCAACGAUGUUAUUAAUAAUUCACACGCCAGAGUAUAAGGAAGUGGAUCCUGCAGCCUUGUGGGCCUCGGGAGGUCUUGCACACUGAUACAUUGUAGCCUUUUAUUGAAGUCUGGAGCCUUACAAUGACCAAAAUCUGUUUUCUUUCAUUAGUUUGUGUUCUGCAGAUUUUUUUUUUCUACUUUUGAUCUCCUGUAAGUAGAAAUGGGGUUGUUACUGAAACACUAGUAUAUGCAAAUAUCAAAAAGAAAGUCCUAUGAAGAAAUUUUGCAUUCCCAUUUUGAUUUACACAGCAAUAUAGCUUACAACAUUAAACCGUUGAUUGAAAUGA